AGAUGGAGUCGUACAUGAUGACGAGAGAGACACCUAGAAGGCUUUUUUUCUUCCUCUCUCUAGUGCAAUUUAACUGAUAUAUGGUGCAAUUGGUUUUCUAUCUUCCAGACUUGAAAAUUAUCUGUUUGGGUGUGGAAAUGUAUUCCUCGGCUCAAACAUCUUUUCCAGUUAAAACCCUCUGUAAAAUUUCCUCCAAAAAUACCCAAAAUCCUCCAUGGAUUCCAACUUCCCUACUUCUAACUAAAUACCCUACUCUCCAUCAUCUCAAUUCCUGCAAUUCCAUGAAACAACUAUCUCAAAUUCAUGGUGUAACCAUUAAAACCGGCAUCUUUGGCGAUAACUUUGUCGCUUCAAGAAUUCUUUCCUUUUCUGCUCUUUCUCCAAAUGGUUCUCUUCCUUACUCUCGACUCCUCUUCUCUCAUAUUCGUAAACCUGAUAUCUUCACUGCCAACACAUUAUUUCGAGCUUACGCAUUUAGUUCAAACCCAAUUGAUGCAAUUCUCUUCUACAUUCAUCUUCUUGAGUCUUCAAAUCUUCGCUUUGAUGUUCAUUCCUUUCCGUUACUUCUUAAAGCAUGUUCAGAAAUUCCUUGUCUUUCGUUUGGCAAAGCGCUUCAUUGUCAAAUUUACAAACUUGGAUUUUCCACUGAAGUUUCAGUUUUAAACUUUUUAAUGCAAAUGUAUGGCUACUGUGGUUUGAAGGGUUCUGCUAAGUUUUUAUUUGAUAAAAUUCCUGAAUAUGAUGAUGCUUCGUGUAAUAUUAUGAUGGGUGUGUUUCUGAGAUAUGGGGAUUUUGAGUCUGCUUGUGAAGUGUUUCGUGAAAUGCCAGAGAGAAAUGUUGUUUCUUGGAGUGUUAUGAUCAAUGGGUAUGUCCAACAUAGUCGUUUCAAGGAGGGUUUGGAGCUUUUCCAAGAAAUGUUGGAUAAGAAAGUAAAACCAAAUGAAAGUGUGGUAGUAAAUGCUCUCUCCGCGUGUGCUCACAUAGGGGCAUUGGAGCUAGGGGAAUGGGUUGAAGGGUAUUUGAGAAAAAAAAGCUUUAGAUUUACUGUUCGAGUGGGUACUUCUUUCAUAGACAUGUACUUAAAGUGUGGGUGUGUCCAAAAAGCACUCAAGGUUUUUGAUGAGAUGGAGGUAAAGAAUGUGCAUGCUUGGAGCGCCAUGGUUGGUGGGCUUGCUGUUAAUGGGCGAGGAGAGGAUGCUUUAAAGCUUUUCUCCCAGAUGGAUAUGAAUGGAGUCAGGCCAAAUGAAGUAACUUUUAUUGGAGUCUUGAAUGCUUGUAGCCAUUCAGGGUUGGUUAAUGAAGGUAAAAUGUAUUUUGACUCUAUGACAAGUAUUUAUGGAUUACAACCAAAUAUCCAUCACUACUGUUGUAUGGUUGAUUUAUAUGGUCGAGCGGGCUUGUUAAAUGAAGCUGAGGAAGUCAUUAAAAGUAUGCCAAUGACCCCCAAUUACGCUGUUUGGGGAGCUCUUCUCAAUGCUUGUAGAGUACAUGGAGAUACUGAACAAGGAGAACAAAUUGGGAAAAAACUGAUUGAAUUAGAGCCAAAUCAUAGUGGGAGAUAUGUAACACUAUCAAAUCUAUAUGCCGUAAAGGGGAAGUGGAAAGAUGUUGCGGAAUUGAGGAAAGUUAUGAGAGAUCGAGGGAUAAGUAAAACACCUGGAUGUAGCUUCAUAGAGCUGAAAGGAAGAGUGCAUGAGUUUGUUGCAGGGGAUAAUUCACAUCCUCAAAGUGAGGAAAUAUAUGACAAAUUGGACGAGAUGAUAAAUAAGUUAAAGUUUGAUGGUUACAGUCCGAAAACGAGCGAAGUUCUGAUUGAAAUGGAAGAUGAAAAGAAGGAAACUGCACUUUGUCGUCAUAGUGAAAAGUUGGCUAUUGCGUUUGGGUUAAUCAAUACUGAGCCAGGCACCACUAUCCGAAUUACAAAGAACCUGAGGGUCUGUGUGGAUUGUCAUUCAGCUACCAAAUUACUUUCGAAGAUUUAUACUCGUGAAAUCAUCGUCAGAGAUAGAUGCCGCUUUCACCAUUUCAAGGAUGGUGUUUGUUCUUGUAGGGAUUUUUGGUGAAGUCUAACUAAAGUAUACUUCUUGCACCACAAAUAUUGCUGCUCCAGGUUUUGAUAGUUCUAGAAUUUACAGCUGGUGGCGUCCAAAUGGCACUGGCCUACGAUCUCGCCAACCCAGCUUUGAGGCGUUGAUUCUUGUUAAGGUUUGUGCAACAGCUUUCCCUGUAGUGUAAUACCAUGAUGUUGUUUUCCAAGUGUAAUUUAGGUCACAAGUUUGGUUGACUGUUGGCUUGAACUCUGUUUGUAGAUUCAUUUGUUUGUGAAAGGUUUCCCUUUUGUAGAAGAGUUUAUGGGGAACUUCUGCCCAGUGUUAGAAUUGUGUGCUUUACCUUGUUAUUGAAGAAAUGAUAGUUGUCUUUUAACACGGAUCAGAUCAUUAGUUUGUCAA